UUGUGACCAGGUUUACUAUCGUCUGAGCGGGCUCUGAACAAUGCCUCUUGGCUUGUAUGCGAGGUAAUCCAAAAGAAUAUUAAUCUAUCCUUAAAGCUGUUUUACUCGAGCCUUUAGUUUUUUGUUAAAAUUAAGGUGUCCAUUCAGCGUGCUCACGUUUUCGGUAGCUUGACUGUCCAACUCACUUGUUUUGUGCAGAAGCGUCCCUUGUACGAUUUGAUCUGAUGGCCACAAGCAGUGUACAGUACACAUUCAAAACCUGACCUACAGUUGCCUGGGGUAAAUCGACAAAUUGUAUAGGCGCCUUUAGAAACGUCCGCAUUCUCGUCUGUGCUUUAUGUCUUGUACAUAACAGAAUGGCUAAAAUGAACUGAGAACCUGGUGCCAUUUUGCUCACCAGUUACAUUCAUUUAAAUACAGGUCAUCAAACUUCCAAGUUUAAAACCAGCUGCUCAUUCCAAGCUGAAAGCCUGGUUUUUGCACAGCUGUGUUGCUUGAAAAUGACAAACUUACCUUUUUUUUGGCAUUUGGGCAAGCCAAAUAUUACAAAUAACCCAGGUACACAUAUGGAAUGAGUAAAACUAACCAUUUCAUCAUCAGGAUACUUUUCUCUGUAUAUACUGUUACUUUCGUUCGGAGUCUUUAAAAACCAAAACAAUCUCCCUAUCACACUCUUUUAGGCCUUGCCCUGUGUCAAUAGUGGGGCGGGGACCGAUUAAGCUUUCCCGCCUUUUUUUGCUUGCAGUUUUCAAAUAGGUCCGAUACUUUGUUUUAAAAUCUCAUACAGUCUACAGGUACCAGAGACUUGAGAGGAGCGCUUUGGUUUUUCUAUAUAAUAUUUAGUAUCUUUCGAUGUCUGGACGUGGUAAGGGAGGUAAGGGCCUUGGUAAAGGCGGCGCCAAGCGCCACCGCAAGGUGCUGCGCGACAACAUCCAAGGCAUCACCAAGCCCGCCAUCCGCCGCCUGGCCCGCCGCGGCGGUGUCAAGCGCAUCUCUGGCCUCAUCUAUGAGGAGACGCGCGGGGUGCUGAAGGUCUUCCUGGAGAACGUGAUCCGUGACGCCGUCACCUACACGGAGCACGCUAAGCGCAAGACGGUCACGGCCAUGGACGUAGUCUACGCGCUCAAGCGCCAGGGACGCACGCUCUACGGCUUCGGAGGCUAAAUUUUCCCUUGUAGACAAACAUGAGCUAAAGGUCCUUUUCAGGGCCACCUCCCUUUUCUUCUAAGGAGCCAA